AUGGCAGAUUCGCCUAUGAGAAAUGGCUGUGGAGGACAGCAGAAUCCCAUUGUCCGUGGGAUAUCCUUUUACCAAUCUAUGUUUGACCAAGGACAUGUCAGGCAAGAUCUCCUCUCGCAGGCCUACGAAGGUACAGGCACUGGUGAUGACCCAUUCAUGGUACAAUGGGCCUCGAACGACCCUGCCGACCCUCAUUGCUUCUCAAGGGCAAGGAAGUGGGUCUUUACAAUAAUACUCGCCCUCUCCACUUUGUCGGUAGCAUUGGCAUCAUCGGCCUAUACCGGCGCCGUGCCGCAGCUAGUCCAGGAGUAUGGCAUUUCAUCCACCACAGCCUACCUUGGGGUGACCCUGUUUGUCAUGUGUUUUGCUGUUGGCCCACUCCUUUGGGCAUCCCUCAGCGAGAUCCUGGGCCGACAGGCUGUCUUUAUUGGAACAUUCGCCGCAUUCACAGCUUUCAAUAUUGGAGCUGCAUGCUCACCCAACAUACCGACCCUCCUCUUGUGUCGAUUCUUUGCAGGAGCAUUUGGAUCCUCCUCGCUAGUGAACACAGGUGGGGUAAUUGCGGAUCUUUUCUCGCCGGAUGAAAGAAAUACUCCGAUGAGCAUCUUUACAGCAAGUUUGUUCUUUGGCCCUACCCUCGGCCCGAUUAUCGGAAGUUUCAUUGGCAUGACAAAGGGAUGGAGAUGGAUCCAGCGUUUCAUCGCGAUCAUGUCCGGUGUACUUUGGAUCGCCAGCAGUCUUAUCAUCCCGGAGACCUAUUCCCCCGUUCUUCUCCGGCGACGAGCGCGAAUUUACUCUGUACGCACGGGGAAAGAGUACCGCAGCAAGCUUGAGGAGUCACAGUCUCCCCACUUCUUGCUCGUGAAAACAGCCAUGGUCAGGCCAUGGUUACUCUUGAUAUUCGAACCAGUUGUUCUUCUUAUUUCGAUCUAUCUCGCCAUUGUGUAUGGUAUUUUAUACCUCCUCUUCGCAGCAUUUCCCCUCGUCUAUCAUGGAAUGCGGGGAUGCACAGCCGGUAUUGCGACCCUUCCCUUCCUAGCCGUUCUGGUUGGCAUGGUCUUUGGAGUUGUAUAUUCCUUCCAUGACCACCGGCGCGCACAGACAAUCCUUCAUAGCGCAGACAACACCACUACAGCUGAGCAAAGAUUGCAUCCGGCAAUGAUUGGUGCGAUCGCUAUUCCACUCGGAUUAUUCAUAUUCGCGUGGACAAACUUUCCAUCCGUCCAUUUUAUCGUCGGGUGUAUUGGCACUGCGCUCUUCGGUUUCGGCUUGGUCUGUAUUUUCAUUAGUAUGAGCCACUAUCUGGUGGACUCGUAUUCUAUCUUCGCCGCGUCCAGUCUAGCAGCCAGUUCUGUCUUCCGAUCUGUCCUGGGGGCUGUCUUUCCUUUAUUCACACCCAGGAUGUAUGAGACACUUGGCAUCCAGUGGGCGUCAUCAGUGCCAGCGUUUCUAGCGCUAGGGUGCAUUCCCAUUCCGUUCUUGCUCCAGCAUCACGGCCCUUGGCUUCGAUCAAAGUGCCGAUAUAUGAUCGAAGCCCGCGAGGCCACAAGGGUUAUUCGAAGUUAG